CCGAGGGCACAGAACCGGCAUGCAUUUUGUGAUGUCAGCAGCUCCAAGAAAACAUGGCUGCGGAAGCCAUUGGUGGGGUCACAGGAGGGAGGAGCGGGCCGCUUCUCUCCGUUCUGGUCCUUCUUGUCCUGCGCUGGAUGCCCGCUCAACCCAGCAGUUGCGAUGGAAUCUGUGGAAGGCGCCCCCUGGCAGUCAGACAUAACCAGCUUCGUCUUGUGGGUGGCACCAACGCCUUGCCGGGAACAUGGCCCUGGCAGGUCAGCAUCCAGCUCAGAACCCGGUGGGGGGAUUACAUGCAUAUGUGCGGAGGUGCUCUGAUCAGCUCCCAUUGGGUCGUCAGCGCCGCCCACUGUCUCGGGAAACCAAAGGAACGUUACAAGCUCGUGCUGGGGUGCAACCGUGUCCUCCGGCCUGGCCCAGAUGCCCAGCAUCGCUUUGUCAAGAGACUGGUGAAGCACGGACACGUCCACAAUACACUGAAGACCAGGGGAACGAUCCUCAAUGACAUUGCCUUGGUGGAGCUGUCCGAGCCCGUCGCCUGCACCGACUACGUCCAGCCAGCCUGUUUGCCCGACAGCCGCGUGGCCCUUUCCGCCCUCACCGAUUGCUACAUCAGCGGCUGGGGGAACACCAACCCCCAAAAUGAUCGUUACCCGGACAUCCUGCAGGAAGGGAAAGUGGACUUCUUGCCCCGACGGAACUGUUCAAAACUGUGGAACAGGCCCCUUCCUGCCAUGAACCUGUGCGCCAGGCUGGAGCGAGGAGGCACAGGGACCUGCCAGGGAGACAGUGGUGGCCCCAUCCAGUGUCGAGAAGAAAGGUCAGAGCGCUACUGGGUCCUCGGGGUCCUCAGCUGGGGUCCCCUGGCUUGUGGUGCGACCCGGCAGCCGAGCGUCUUCAUCUCCCUCCAGUACUUCCGUGACUGGAUCCAACAGCAGACCAAGGAGGAGGACCUCUCCACGCCGGUUCGCCUGCCUGUUUUUGCACGGGUUUCAACACCAGCACGCCGGACUCCACCGCCCACCACGAAGCCCUCCAGGCCUGCUUCCUGGCUGAGCCCCCCAAUGUGGGCCAGGCCAACGGCCCUCUACUCCUGGAUCUCCCCCGGGAGGUUCCCUCCUCCGCAGUGGCGCUCUUGGAGCCCUCCUCGGCCAAAGACCACCCGAUGGUAUCCCAGGACAAGACCCCAUGGAUGGAGCAGACACACUCACAGGCCAAUGUCCUGGUUUCACCUUGGAUAUCCUCUGCAGCCUUAGCCACCCUGGCUACCCCAGCCGGAUAGCUGGCUUGCAGCACCCCCAGCUGGCUACACCCCUUCCAACUGGGAUCGGGGUUUUUGAUAGUCCCGGCCCCCCUACUUUGGCCUUGGCAUGACAGCUGGGAGGGAGGGAGCCACUGCGGUGGCUCGUUGGGCCCCUACAGUGAAAGGGGAGACCCGAAGUCCUGAACAUGCCGUGGGAUGAUAGUGUGACAAUAAAGCAAAUAUGAUU